AUGCCUAAGAAAAGACACAUUACCUACCGCAAGUCGCCACAAGCGCUCUCGCCAUCUUCUGGCGCCGUCAAAGACAAACCUCAAAAGUCUGUCAAUGAGCUGCUCAGCCAGCUACGUCACACAUCGCUCGCAUCCUCAUCAACGGCUGGCUUCGCUGCCUCAUCUCCUCUGCAUGCCAAUACGCCGACCGUCCCCCCGGCUCUGAGGCAUAUUCUGCAAAUCCCAGAGACACCCGCGCCCCGCCCGAGGCGUUCCAUCAGGCCCAGGUUCGACAAUGAUGGUCGACGCCUUCCCGCUGGGCCCCCUCCCCCACGUAGCUGGACAUCGCCACAAUCGCCUGCUCAGCACCAAUACGCUGCCCCCCUGCUAGUCUCCAAGGCUGCUGCAUCUGCUUCUCAAAAUGUCCUAGCCAAUAUCUCCUUGCCAGGUCUGCAGCUCCCUGAGCCCAUGAGCCUGAUUGGCCUCGUUUUCGCUCGUCUCGCCGCGAACUGGCCCUUCCAUCGUGUCUAUGACCAGCACUACUUGUACGACAUACCAUGCCAUCUCAAACCAGCACUGAUGCGCGAGCUCGCUAUUUACAGCGAUGCCGGCCUUGCUCUCGGCGAUGUCAAGGCCCUGCUCUUGCGCCCCAGCCAAGGCGACAAUCACAACCGUCAUGGAGGGGGCGUGCCGUUGUCUUUGCCCAUCGAUCCUGAAAUUACUGCUAUGGACCUAACUGGGGCCUUGGGAAGAUCUUUGACCCUGAGAGAUUUGACAGCCUUCCUCUUCCCCGCUCGCUCAACUGCGCCGCUCCAAGACGACACCCAAGAUUCUUGGGACGCCAUCGAGCAUAUUCCCACUUCCCGCCUUUCCCAUGCACUUGUGCCCAAUCUAACUCACCUCUCUCUCGCCAUUAAUCCAGCAAAGGCCGAGAACGCAUCAUGGCGGGACCUACUCAACCUGGCCCCUCGACUUGAGUCAAUUACACACCUCAGCCUAGCCUACUGGCCCGAACCUUGCCUCUUGCAGAGUGCCAAGUUUGCCACUGUUGGGUCCCCGCAAGGCUGUCAAAUUUCUUAUGGCGGCACAAACUACUACUCCCACUCGAUUGAUCAUGACUGGAGUGAGGCCCUUUUCGUGCUCAGAAAGCUGAGUCGAAGCCUCUACGCUCUUGAGUUUUUGGAUCUCACAGGAUGCGCCUCUUGGUGGCAGGCUCUCAAGCUUCAAGACCAACAUGACUACAUCGACUGGGCCAACAACUGGGGCAAGAUCACAUGUCUUCGCCUAGAAAUGGGCUGGGCGCUGGCAGAUGAUGCUGCACUGUCAACUAGAGCUGCACAUCAAGAAGCAGCCGAGAUUGCUGCUGCUGUCGAAAGAUACAUUAUCACAGCUCGAGCCGGUAGAGGACGCUUCAUUACCGUUGAACGAUGA